AUGCGACUUCCUUGUUUGCUCUUUCAUUCUGUUUGUUUGUUGUUAUCUUCUUCUUCUCUUCUUUCUUCGGUAGAAGCGCUGGCAAGUCGAUCCUCCAACAAGAAGAAAACCAAGAAGCCAGCAGCAACUAAAAAGGGCUUUGGAGCCUCCAAGCAGCCACUACAACCCGCAUUAUUUCUUCCGGAUGAGUCUCCGGCAGUCCAAGAUCUACUGGCAUUUCUGGAACAUCACGAGUGCGAAGGAAUGGAAGGAACGGCCAUUGGGUAUCAUCCUCAAACCAAGAUAAGGGGAUUGUUUGCCACCCAAGAUUUUGAAGCGGGAGAAUAUCUACUCGGGAUACCCUUUGUGCCAACCUGCGUCACGCUGGCCGUCGACCCGGAUAUUUCCGUGGCAGAAACAUCCGAUGCCGAGUUGGGAUUUCGGCUCUGGCAGAAAUUGAUCCACCAGGAGAACAACAGUCUUUUGAAACCCUAUUGGCAAAGUCUUCCCACGUGGCACGAACACUUUGACGCCUCUCCCGAUUUUUGGACCGAUUCACAGAUACAAGCACUGGAAUUCCCACCCAUUAUCGAAAAGACACGACAACGAAUCCAAAGCGUACAACAAUUAGCCGCCGCACAAGGAUUACUAAAGGACCAAGAAGUCAAGGAAUUACAGUUUGCCACGUGGCUUGUCAAAUCCAGAGGGUUUUCGCUCUUGAAACCAAUCAUACAACACAGCAACAAUAAUGAUGACGAAGAAUCAUCAUCCGAACCGCCCACCACAGCCAUUAGUGGAAAGACCGUCCUGAUUCCCUAUCUGGACAUGAUCAAUCAUAAUAAGAAUGACGCUGCCAACGCAGAGUUGCAAGUCCUCGAAACCAAACUGGAAGAAGAAUCCAUGUACGCACUGCAGGCCAUUCGACCCAUUGCCAAGGGAUCCGAAAUCACACUUUGCUAUGGAACGGGACGCGAAACAUCGGUCGAAAUGCUCUGUCAUUAUGGAUUUUUACCGCCGUCCAACCAACAGAACGACAAAGUCUUUGAAAAGGACUGGAACGACUUUGCCUGGAGCACAACGAUGGAACAAGACCAACAGGAACUACAGGCUCUUCUUGCGGCUCGGGACGACCAGAGCCAGGAUACAACUACUGGGAAACGAACCAUCCUGGAGUUUCGGAUACAAAUGAAGCGGGCAUUGGCAUCCAAACAAUAA